CAGACACUUAUGUUUGUUUCAACACUGAAAAGCAUGAGACGAAAUAAUCUCAUUGCUAUUUCCAGUGAUCUCCUGCCUGAUUGAUCAAUGAAUAUCUUCGGGACUUCUCACGCUGACCGCUCGACAUGCAAUCCUUGCCCUCGAACCAGGCCGAAUCCAAGUCGCGGGACGCCAGCCCCGAAGUUAUCCAGCCUCGAAACGAGAAUAACAACCAUGAUGCACCAGAAAACGUAAACGACCUGGAGUCGGUUUCCGUGCGGGUCACAGAAUCGGGAUUGCCGUUUCCCCAAUUUGAACUAUCACCGCCUUGGCCUUCCUCCAGUUCCGAAUCGCUCCAAUCUUCUAGAAGCCAUGAUGGGUACCUAAGCCGGCGACAAUCGGGAAUACUAUCAAAUAGUACGAGAAGCGGCAUUUAUCAUGCAUUGCAGCAGAAUGAUGAGCCCCGAUCAAUGCUGGCCGGGGCGUCGUGGGACGAAAGCUCCGCCAUGACUACGUUGCUGCAGAGCCGAAUCGCGACCGAUGGUGAUGACCUCAUUGGAGAUGGCAAUCUAGGCCUGACCGUUGAAAACGAACGUUGGAUUGACAAUGGCCAGUCUCUCCCUGCCGACGACGGCAUGCGCAUCCUCAGACAACGUAUCCACGCGAUUCGGGAAGGCGGUGCAUCCAACGCCGAAAAGGCUCAGCAAAUACAUGCGAUCAUGACCGAGAGCUACCGUUCCUCGCUCGGGGUUUCUGGAUCUCCCCAGCCCAUGCUGCAGCGUGGAGCUACUAUUCAACCUCAUGAUAGGCCUUGGACUCCGUUAUCGCCGCGGAGUAAACACUCGUCUGACCAGUUUACCCUUACCCCAGCUUCCACUUCCUCAAUCACCUCUUAUACUUCUGGUAAUCCUUAUUAUCUCUCGAUGGAUGACCUUACCCCGACAUAUUAUCCCGGUACCGCAACAUUAGCCCAACCCUACGAUCAUGACGACUUUGUUCUUUCUGCCUUGGCAGCAGGAAAUUUGCUGGAUGAGGAAGCACAACAGAUAUUGGGAUGCAAGCAUUACAGGAGAAAUGUCAAACUCCAAUGCUUUACAUGCAAAAGGUGGUAUACAUGCAGGUUCUGUCAUGAUGAUAUCGAGGAUCAUACCCUCAUUCGACGAAAGACAGAGAAUAUGCUAUGCAUGAUGUGCCAAACACCUCAACAAGCUAACCAGUGGUGUAAAUCGUGUGGCACCCAAGCCGCCUGUUAUUAUUGCGGAAUUUGCAAACUUUGGGACAACGAUGCUUCGAAGAGUAUAUACCACUGCCACGACUGCGGGAUCUGUCGUCGCGGGGAAGGACUUGGGAAAGAUUUUUUCCACUGCAAGACAUGUAGUGUAUGUUUACCCAUUAAGAUCGAAACCAGCCAUCGAUGCAUUGAGCGCGCUACCCAAUGCGACUGUCCUAUAUGCGGCGAAUACAUGUUCACCUCUCCUGACCCAGUCAUAUUCAUGAAAUGCGGGCAUAGCAUUCACCAAAAAUGCUUUGAUAAAUACUCCAAGACAUCAUACCGUUGUCCAAUCUGUAACAAAACUGUCGCGAACAUGGAAGCCCAUUUUAGAAAUCUCGACCGCACGAUAGGGAGCCAGCCGAUGCCUGCAGAGUUUAGAAAUACCAAAGCUGUCAUAAAUUGCAACGAUUGCCAUGCAAAGAGCGUUGUGCAAUACCACUGGCUGGGUCUGAAAUGCGAUACAUGCGAUUCCUACAAUACGUCCCAAAUUCGAUUGUUUUCCACAAAUAACGACCAAAACGAUGAACCUGUCUCCCGACAGGGUAGCGGUAUACCGAUAUCUAUACCCAGAACACCAAACGACUUAUCUGUUGAAAAUAGAACCGUAGCUCGAUCGAUACCGACAGCAGAUGGGUCAUCAGAUGCUCUAGGCUCGAUAAUAGGAUCAGGAAGCCGGGCGAUUCCUGCAUUGCCGCAGAGCUAUAAUGCACGAUCCGUAUCCCCGACUGUUAGUAACUAUUUUGGCCUUAGUCGACGACGAGGAUCAAUAUGGACAACGAUUUCGCAACCCGAGGUGAUACAUUCAGACAGCGAAAAUGACGAAAGAGGUAGUUUCUGGCCCGUCUCUGCGCUUAAAAGAGCGACGCUAGGCUUUUUGGGAAGCAGAGAGUAUGACAGCGAGGAGGAAAAAGAUGAUGACGAAGAACAAGACGAUUGCGAAGACGAAGACCCCGCCAAUGAUCAAGAGGAGGAGCUAGAGGAUGGGGAAGAUGAUGAAGACAUUGACGAUAUAAUCGAUAUUUUCGGCCACCGAUGAAACCCUGAAAUCAGAAGCUAAAUCUGAGGCCUGAGACCAACCUCUUCUCCUUGACAGGGAGAAUUCCACCUCAAAAAAAAAGGCAAAUAGUAGGUGUAAAUACACCAUCAACACCCCUUCUUGCAAAUGCACAACCACGAACGAACGAGGGUUACUUUUCUUUCUCGCUAGUUCGUAAUGGAGGUGCGUGACAGCCAUGCUAGUGAUUGCAUACAUCUUUAUUGGCGUUUUAUCGACAUGGAGUUCAUAUCGGGUUCGAAUAUCGAGCAAGAAUUUCGGUUUAGAUUACCCUUUAAAUAGUCUUGGGGGCGCCAAGAUUGAGACCCGGAAUCAGCUGUGUUUUGGUGCUACUUAGAUAUCUCACUAGAGA